UGAGGCCUAGGCGCUUCCGGGGUGAGGGAGACGACGGCGACGGCGCAGGGGACUUUCCCGGGCUGUGGCGGCGCUUGGCGGGCCCGAAGCGAUGGGAAGGGGCAGCGGCGGCCGCCCCCGUCGGUUCUCCUCCUCCUCCUCUUCCUCCUCCUCUUCGCCUUCUUUCCCCCGCCGCUUGAGUCGCUCUGGCUGCGCGGGCCGCGGGGCGCCUCGCUAAUGGCCGCCUUCCGCCCCUCCUCAGCCGCGCCGUCGGAGGAGCGAAAUCGCCUCGGCGGCGGCAACAACGGCGACGACAACCAGACGGUGCUGGAUGAGUUCACGGCGCCGGCGGAGAAGAGCGGCUUCCUGGAGCGGAGCCGCGGCUGCCUCGAGCGGCUCUUCGGGGUGCGCCUGGCCUUCGUGGAGGCGGCGAGCAGCGGCGGCGGCGGCGGCUGGGUUCCCUCGGCCACCGGCGGGCGUAGGAUCUGGCUCAGCCUGCUGGGCGAACGGGAGCAAGUGCGCAGCGCCAAGGAAUAUAUUAAAGGAAUCUGUGAACCCGAAUUGGAAGAGAGGGAAUAUUAUCCCAAAGACAUGCACUGUAUUUUUGUAGGAGCACAAAACCUCUUCCUGAAUUGCCUUAUUCAAGGCACCUCCGCUGAUAUUAGCGUAGUGGAGAUUGGGACACUCGGUAUUAAAGGCCGGACAGAGCCCGUGGUCAUGGCCAGGAGUCACAUCCAGCAGUUUGUGAACCUCUUCAAAAGCAACCUCAACGAGUUGACGGUCAAGGAGUCGGAAGUGAAGAAACAGUUCAAACACCUUGUCGAAGCUCAUGCAGAUAAAUACACGAUGGACUUGUUGAUCCUACCAAGCUCGCUAAAGAAAGAGCUGCUGAGCCUCACACAGCACGAAGGCGGCAAAACGGAAGGCAGAACUUCAGAUCCUGGCCCUUCUGAUGAGACACUAAAACUCCCAAUUCAGAUGCCGAAACUACCUGUAGUAAGCAACGAUGGCAGAACAGGUCAGGAGGAAGCAAGGAACAAUGCAGGUACACCGGUCUCUGAAUUAGCCAAGCAAAUGGACACCGUUUUUCCCGAUACAUCUGAAGGGCAUUUUCUACCCAUAAAUGGCCUAACUUCUCUGGAGGCAUCUGCCUCAAAAGAAAGGCAAUCGUGUAAACGAAGAUCCUCGGAUGGCGACGAGAGGCUUCCAAAGAAACAGUUUUCUUUCGAAAACAACCAAGAAUGUAAGCAGAUGUCCUGCAAAAGACGUGAUGACAUAGUGGUGAUAGAUUUGGUCUCGGAUACAAAUGAGUUACUUGAUACUAAAAACGGCGAUGAAAUAAGCGAGGAGAUGGAAUACAAGAUCCUGGUCAAUUUUUUCAAAAGCAUGGGCUACUCUGAGGAAAUUGUAGAAAUGGUGAUUUUUGAACAUGGACAGUUGGCUGAGCCCCUACUCCUCCUAGAAGAAAUUGAGAAAAAGAGCAAGAUGGCUACGGAAGAGGAAGAGAAGUCCAGAACUAUCUCCCAGAAUACUGAAACGCAAGCGAAGAAGAAUAAAGGCAGUUCCGGCAUCAGGGUCCACCCCGAUCUAGGCUGUCAAUCAGAGCCACCCCGAAAUGCAAACCUCGCCUCUGUUUCUCAAGCACCCCGCAAAGACAAAAUCCACGGAUCGGAUCCUGAAAACCGGACCGUUCUUUUGGGUAACAAAAACUCAUCGAGUCAAGAGCUCAGCAAAAUACGAUCAGGCUGUACAGAACAGGGCAGCAAGGCGAGCGAGGUGGAAAGCGAUGGUUUCGUGAACGCUUCUAGUAAUGCGCCCAUGGCAACCAAAAAUAAGAAAGCCAAAGAUCCGAUCUUGGUAGGCAGGGGUGCCUGGGAGAGCGCACACCCACCCGUUCAGAAUGAAACCCUGGUCCUUCGAGGAUGUUCCACCCAAUCGCCUGCAACAGGCGACCAACAGGAAAACUGCAAUCCUGUACAACUCGGAGCCCAGCAGUUCCCUUCCCAAAAGCCAAAGCACUUUGCAGACCCCACCCCUCCUCUGCAAUUAAGAGGUUCUUAUCCAGAAAAGAAAACGGGGGGACUUUACUGUCAUCCUGCAGAUCCUUCGGUCACCGGGGUUCAGCGGUUUCUAGAGGCGUUGAAAACACCGUACAAGCUGGAACUGAAAAACGAGCCGGGGAGACCCCACUUAAAAUACGUAGUCAUCGAUGGCAGCAAUGUUGCAAUUUCCCACGGUCUGCAAAAAUUCUUUUCCUGUCGAGGAAUCGCAAUUGCUGUCGAUUACUUUUGGAAACGUGGUCACAGGAAGAUUACAGUUUUUGUCCCACAGUGGCGAACACGGAAAGAUUCUAAUAUCACAGAGCAGCAUUUCUUAUCCCAGCUCCAAGAUGUUGGCAUUUUGGCACUUACUCCAGCAAGAGUUGUAUGUGGGGCUAGAAUUGCCUCUCACGAUGACAGAUUUCUGCUGCACCUUGCUGAAAAAACUGGAGGUGUUAUUGUUACCAAUGAUAACUUCAGAGAAUUUGUAGACGAAUCCCCACCCUGGAGGGAGAUUAUUCAAAGGAGGCUUCUGCAAUACACUUUCGCUGGAGACAUUUUCAUGGUGCCUGAUGACCCCCUGGGACGAAAUGGACCUGGAUUAAACCGUUUUCUUCAGGAGUCAGCUAGUUUCAGAGCUACGCCAACCCCAUACAGCGGAAGCCAUCUUCCUUUGGGAAUAUCCCCUUUCCUGAUGCAGUCAGAAGGGAGUGGACAGUUGCUCCCAAACCCCGUUUCUGGUCUCGUCCCUAACUUGCCUCGGUUCCCUACGACGUCUCUGGUAAACUCCGGCCUUCCCCCGUCUCCAAGAUCGGCCACUGAAACGACCCAUUUAAAAGAAGCCUUGAAAAAAAUAUUCCCAACUUCAGAGCAGAGGGAGAAGAUUGAGGAAAUCCUGGCGCAGCACCCCCACAUGAGAGACAUGAAUGCUCUGUCUGCACUGGUCCUUGAUUUAAGCUGAUGAACUAAAGCUCCCCCUCAAAACUUUUCAGUUUUGCAGUUUGGAUUGUUAAUGUAAAGAGAUGCCUCUUGAGUUGAAGUCUGGCCAUCUGUGAAUAGUCAAAACUUAACCCUUUUGUAUAAAAAAAAAAUGUGAAUAUUCAGAGGAUUUGAGAUGCCCUCUUUGUUCACUUAAGUUAACAUUUUGUUCCUUUUCUUCCCCCGUUUGUUUUACAAAUUUGUAUUGCAUAUUUUUGAAUGAAAAACAAAAAGUAUUUA